UAAAUCAUCACGAGUUCAGACAGUCAAUGAAAGUAACAAUCGACAAAUGGAUCGGUGUUAGCACCUGGCACUGGAAUCACGCGCAGGACGAAGUCUGUGGAAUCUGCCGGGUCGCGUUCGACGGCACCUGUCCGACUUGCAAGUAUCCAGGAGACGACUGUCCACUAAUCAUUGGUGAAUGCAAACACGCGUUCCACAUGCAUUGCCUGCUCAAGUGGUUGACUACCGAGUCGUCAAAGGGACUCUGUCCCAUGUGUCGGCGAAGAUUCAAGACCGCGACCGAGUGAUUUCUGGUCCAUCAGCAGUGUGUUUUCCCUCUUAUUGAUGAUCUUGAGACUACGGGGACUUUGGCGUUAUUUUGCUAUUCAUUGACUUUGUCUGAACUGGUUGGAUCGAUAUCGAUUGCAGACCGUUGGCCGCAUUAUGGAGUUUUUGCUUUUCGCACAUUCCUUUCGUUCUCUGUAUAAUUAUAGAAUGUAGUAAAUAAUAAUGCUAUUUGAACAAACAGAAUCAUAUAAUAUCAAGACUA